AUGGUUCGCAGCUCUGCCCAUCCUGCCUGGCAUUUCGCCCGACAAGGCGUGGUCUACUAUGCACAUCACGAUGAUGCUGUUGGUGGUCCGACGACGAGUGACGCGAGAACUGAAUCCCCAAAAAUGUUUGUUAGGCGUAGUUUUGACGUCCGAGGCACCAUAAAAAGGAAACACAUAGAGAGUGUCGCUCUCGGCGACAGUGUAAUCAUUCGGUGCCAUAUCAAUUCCAAUUCCGAGACUGGUGCUCUCAUGGCACAAAGCAGCAUGAGUCUCUACUGCCCUGCUGUCCCUAGGGACACCUUUUGCUUUCAGAAUUGUCGACCGCAGGAGGUGUGCAACGGCAAGGGCAGCUGCCGAAUUAUUCCCUCACUGGAAGGAGUGGCGUGCAGGAGCAUCAUCCAUGCCAGUGGAGAGAUUGUGUAUGAGUACACACUGAAGCAUGUGACACCCGAAUGGGUGGACUGGCAUCAUCCGGGUUUUGCUUGUCACAGCGCGGCGGGUAAAACGAACUGGACAAGGUUGAGAGAGAAAGCUAAAGCGCCGCCCGAGGCGGAGGGAAAUAAAGUGGCCCCACCUCCACCACCGAGAACCACUACCACUUCUACGACCACCACAGCCACCACGACAACAACUACGACACCCUCACCAAGAAGAACAACUGUGAAUCAUGGGACAACCACAAAUGAAACGCAAGCUUUAAUUAUCGCUUCAUCGAACAGGGGUGAUGACAGUGCACACUGGUUAAACUUUCUACGAACUUCUUCCUCAGGGGGCUUCUGGACACCAGAAAUGAUUAUCAUCACUGCCUUUGUAGCCCUCGCCCUAUCCAUGCUAAUUAACUGCUUCUGCUGCGUCAAAUGGCUUGUCAAACGGCAUCACGGAGAUAGAAGAAAACUAAAAGGAACUGCUACGUUCGGUGGUCAGAAUGAUCUUAGACCGACCGGAGUCAUCCCCACUGUUGCGUGGUACCCCGCAGAUCCCAGAGUCCUACCACCCGUUGCACUGGCACAGCAAAUGACACCCAGCUCAGCUUUCCACCGGUCUGUCACUAUUCCCGACGAAUCACUAGUAGAGAAUUCCCCACACUGGAAUCCCUUUGAGAGCGCUGACGCAGCGCGUACCCACCCCGAGGGAAAAGCGGCCAAUGGUAGCACUAUGAGCAAUUCAGCCGGCCGUAACUCGGACUCGGGUUUCUCGAUUGCCCACGCCGGUGCACCACAACCGAUUCAAAUACUCUCUAAUCCCUCCGCCUACCCAAUAAGCUUCGAACCACUGGGUUGGUCUGGACCAGUCACCCCCCGCCCCAGGCAACAUACCCACCGUUUAAGACACCAGUUUAUGCCCUCCUACUACGUCGGAGUGAAGAGAGCCACCUCAAGAGAAACAGUCUUUUCAGAGCGGCCAAUAUCCGAGAUUGGAUUCGAACCGACCCCUCACCACCAGCAUCACUACAUACCGGUCGUUCUAGGUCCUGGAGGUGGUGUACGAGCCUCACAGCCGCAGCUAGCGUCAGUUUCUGCCUACGGCGCUCCGUUAUGCAGUCCCGCCGAUGUGAGUCUGAUCGAAAAACCAGGAGCGGGGGAUGGUGCCAGUGCAGGAGGUGGUAGUGGAUCGCCCAAACCCGGAAUGACAGUCCUCCUACCUGCAACUGUGCUCAGUCACCAAUACGGCGUGAUCCCGCCUCCUUCGAGUUCCACUGAACGGUCUACUGCACCCCUUUUGAACGCGGAUCUGGUGGUGAAAUCACAAACAGUGACUCCUGAGGCCGCUUUGGAGGAAGUGGCUGUAGCAAACGAGACUACAGGCAAAAGUGCAGCGGAAGUACAAAUGUGGCUCCAAUCGAUGCCUGGCGCGGACAAGGAUCAACAGUCGCGGCUACCGACCAAGUUGGCGGACAGUUUGAACACGGACUACGACGUGCCGAGUGAUUGGAGUGAACGUGAACCUAUGUUGCUGCGCGAGAAACUGAGUAGUGAAGAGACUGGUCCUACUGAGUGA